AAACCUUAGAAAAGUCCAAACAAAUCAAUACAGAAAACAGCGAGAUUAGUUCUAAAUAUAGAAAAGUGUCGAGGGGCAAAAAAUAGAGGAUUAAUGUGCUAAAAUAAAAAGUGAAAAGUAUAGCAAACACUCAUAAAUUCAAACAAAAAUAACCGUGAACAUUUGAAGCAAAACGCGUACGAACACGUCUAUCGAUAGGCGCCCAGCUGAUUGCGUCUUAUUUAUGGUCAAAAUACGGCUAUCAGCGGAAUUUCGUUUGAAUUUCAUUAGAUUAGUCAUGCACGUCGUGGGCCAAAGUCUCGUGUGGCUAUCUCCAUAAGCGAUUCGGACUCUCCGCUUCAAUUUCCUUUCCUUCCCGAAAGAACCCGGACACCACGUGCCGCAACGUCGCUCCCCCGCGAACUAUUGCCGCAGCAUUGGGAUUCCGAAUCCGGAUUAACCGAGCGAUAACGAGCUGGCCAAAUAAAAAUCACGGGCACGGGUGGUUAAUCUAUUAAUCUAUUUACGCCCCGAAACGAAGCCAACUAGAGAGCCAGUGAUAAGGCGGUGCUCCCCGGUCGCCACACCAAGUGCCGUAUUCUGCUAAUACCAAGUGCGCCAUGGCCGCGAACGGAGUGGCGAUUCCCAGCCUGAAGACCAACGGCCUUCCCAGCCUGGACAAGAGCAUGCCCCCGGCAUCGCCCACGCUGCCGAGUCCCACCAUCCGGCGGAACAAGAGCGACGGCAAGCUGAUGGCCCAGGACGUGAAGGAGGCGCGGGUGAAGGUCAUCUAUACGGGCGGAACCAUCGGCAUGGUGCGCAACGAGCGGAAUGUGCUGGCUCCCAUUCCCAAUGCCCUGGUGCGAAGCAUUCGCAAGUAUCCCAACAUUCACGACGAGGAGUACGCGUUGCGGCGCUUCGGAGCAUCUGCGUCGAUGGCUCCACUGGUGCUGCCCUUCGUCCAGGGCGUGGAUCGCCGGAUUAUCUACCAGAUCACGGAGUACACACCGCUGCUGGACAGCAGUAAUAUGACGAUGAACGACUGGGCCAGGAUAGCCAGCGAUAUUCAGCAAUCCUACGAGUUCUUCGAUGGCUUUGUGGUGCUCCACGGCACCGACACACUCUCCUACACAGCCUCCGCCUUGUCCUUCAUGCUGGAGAACCUGGGCAAGACGGUGAUCAUCACGGGCUCCCAAAUCCCCAUCUUCGAGACGCGAACCGAUGGCAAGGACAACUUCACCUCGGCUUUGAUAAUAGCUGGGAACUAUAUCAUCCCAGAGGUGUGCAUCUUCUUCGGGCACAAGCUAAUGCGCGGCAAUCGCACGGUGAAGGUCAGUUCCAAUGCCCUGGAUGCGUUCGAUUCGCCGAAUGUGCCACCGCUGGCCAGGAUCGGCAUCGAUGUGAAUGUGGACUACCGGCUGAUCUUCCGGCCGUGCAGCAUAGAAAGGUUCUCCGUCCACCUAAAUCUCGAUGAGAAUGUGGGUCUGUUGCGCAUCUUCCCCAGCAUUUCGCACUCCACAUUCCGGGCAUUCCUGGCGCCACCCAUUCGAGGUGUUGUCCUGCAGUCCUUUGGAUCUGGUAACAUACCAUCGAACCGAACGGAUCUGAUCGAUGAGCUAAGGGCGGCUGCCGAAAGGGGCGUCAUCAUCAUCAACUGUACACAGUGUCCCAAUGGCACCGUGGCGGAGAUCUAUGACACGGGCAAGGUGCUCUGCGAUGUGGGCGUGAUUCCCGGCUACGAUAUGACGCCCGAGGCGGCGCUGUCCAAGCUGGCCUAUGUCAUUGGCAAGGAGGAGUGGUCUCUGGAGGUCAAAAAGCAGAUGAUGGAGUCCAACUUGAGGGGCGAACUUACCUCACUGAAGGCUCCGAAGAUGGAGGACUACGACCUGGUAGAUGCGGUGGCCAGAUCUCUGCAUUUGUCCUCGCCGCAGGAACUGGACCAGCUGGGCGAAACCCUCUUUCCGGCAAUGAUCAAUGCCGCCGUGGCCGAGGGCGAUCCCAAGAAGAUCAACAAUCUGAAGGCCUAUGGCGCUGACCUGUCGGGAACGAAUCAUGACCAGCGCACGGCCUUGCACUUGGCCUGUCAGCUGGGCAACGUGGAGAUCGUGAAGUACCUGCUGCAGAACGGGGUGUCCGUGCAUGUGAGGGAUCGCUACGAUCGCACUCCGCUCCUGGAGGCCGUGUCCACCGAUAGCCACGAGAUCAUCCAGCUGCUGAUCAACUGUGGCGCCCACUUGACCGGCUCUUCGCGAGCGGUGGGCGAGCAACUGUGCGCGGCAGCGGCCAGAGGAUCGAUGGUCAGGCUGAAGUCGUAUCAGUAUGCCGGCGCCGAUCUCUCCCAGACGGAUCCUUCGGGCCGGACGGCCUUGCACGUGGCUGCGCUGCAUGGCUUCUUGGAGGUGGUGCAGUAUGUGCUGCCCUACUUCGAGAAUCCCAACGAGAAGGACAUGCUGGGUCUGACCGCCUUGGAUUACGCUGAGCGUGGAGGACAUGCGGCGGUUAUAGAGGCUCUCAAAAAGACCGAAUAACUCAGGAAUUUCUCACAGAAAUCUCUUCCGAACCAUAACUCAAAUUGUUCCUUAGCGCUUAAAUAACUUCUUAAACUAAUGGAUUUUUUUGUCCCAGAUUUUACAACUAAAAUCUCUAGAGGCUCUUGUGACACCCCAAGUCUCGAUAUGCUGUACUUAAGUGUUGCAUCUAGUCUUGUUAUCUACUUUGUAUAGCUCACAUAUUGUAUUUUAUAUUUAACAUAACGUAGUUAAAAUGUUAUUUUGUAUGUCAAAAUGUUAUCCCUCACUAAACCCUGUUUUGAGUAGUCUUAAUUUAUGUUUGAAUUCACUAAAUGCAAAGUUAUUAAUUAUAAA